CUGUUUUAACUUCAGUUUUGUGUUAAGUGUUGCAGAUAAAAGCCGAAAUAGCCAAGUGACUCAGGGUUACAGUAGUCAGGUGCAUGAAACUGGGGCAAUAGCUAUUUAGUUUUACGAGGAUGGCUGCAGCCUAGUAGACAACAGCCUUUCGGGAUAUGUGCACAUGAAUAUUUUUCCAUUUGGCGAUUCACCAUCGUCUUCUGGUGGACUGUUUUGCGCGUGUUGCUUUUUUUCUUUCCUUUUUUAAAACCACUGUCGGAGAUAGGAUGGGAAAGGAUUUACCUUCACUGAUUACAGCUGUUUCGUCUAAAGGGUGACUGGGUGAUGGAAUAGUGAUGAAGCCUAAUCGGUGGGGAAAUAUGCUUCCUCUACCCAGCUUCUCUCUUCUUUUCCAUUUCAUUUGCUUCUUCCUCCUCAUGUGUUUCCCCUCAACCCAUACCCAGUUUCUGCCAGAACCUAGAGCAGGACAAGGCCUGCUGCUCUUCACCCAGCCUGCCUAUAAUGCCUCCAUCUUUGAGAACUCUGCUGCAAGAACCUAUACCAGAAGUGAGGUCAAAAUGGGCAUAAUCCUUGGGCCGCCUCGGUCUUUAGAUAUAAAAUAUUCAAUUGAGUCUGGAGACAGUGAGGGAAUCUUCCAGGCUGAGGAGUUUGUAAUUGGAGAUUUUUGUUUCCUCCGUAUACGCACUAAUGGAGGCAGUGGUGCCAUACUGAAUCGGGAAGUACAAGACAAUUACACACUGACAGUGAAGGCAUCUGCCCAAGGAGGCCAAGAGGCCUUAGCCACUGUUUAUAUCAAGGUCUUAGAUACCAAUGAUCUCCGACCUCUCUUCUCCCCAACCUCCUAUUCAUUCAUUGUGUCUGAGAGUGCCCCUCUGGGUGCCAGCAUAGGACGUGUAACUGCCACAGAUGCUGACAUGGGCUCCAACGGGGAGUUCUACUACUUCUUCAAGAACAGAGUUCAACUCUUUGCUGUUCAUCCGACCAGCGGGGUCAUCACCUUGACGGGUCGGCCCAGGAUGGACAAGCAAGACCGAUUUGAGCUGGAGGUGCAGGUGGUUGACAGAGGGAUGAAACUGUAUGGGAACAAUGGUAUCAGCAGCACUGCUAGGCUGGUCCUGACUGUGGAGCGGGUCAAUGAAUUUGCUCCUGUGCUCAGUGCAGUUGCUGUCGUUCCAUCAUCGGUGGACAAGGACUCAGUCUAUGCCAUAGUGACUGUGAAGGACAACGACGAGGGGGUAUCUGGGGAUAUAGAGUGGGUCUCCAUCAUUGAGGGUGACCCCUUUGAACAGUUUGUGGUUGACCGAUCGCCUGUCGGAAAUGAGUAUAGGGUUAAAACAUCAGAAUUGGUCGACUGGGAUGCAUUCCCUUAUGGCUGCAAUUUAACCUUCCAGGCUAAAGACAGAGGUGUACCACCUAAGUUUUCUAAUACCCAAGUUGUACAGUUGUUGGUUACAAAGCCAGGUCCAGUGUUGGCAAGGUUCGAGAAAGAUAUUUAUGUAUUUAAGCUGAGUGAAAUAGCUCCCCCAGGCACUAUUGUAGAGGUGGUGAAAAUCUCCCCAGCUCCUCUGAGUGUCAAUUACAGCUUCAGCAGCCUCUCAGAUCCAAUGUACUUUGAUAUAAACCCUUUGACUGGAGUUAUUACGACCACAAGGCAGCUGACAAGGAUAUCGCAGGAUUUCAUGGAGAUGGAGGUGGUUGAUAUGAUUAGUCAGCAGCGGUCGAGGAUCCAAAUCAUCAUAGAAGAUGCUAAUGACAACUCUCCAGUGUUCGACAGGCCAUUCUAUGAUAUUGCAAUCAACGAGAGCUUACCUGUAGGCACUGUUGUUAUUGUAGUAUCUGGUGUGGAUGAUGACAAAGGAGAGAAUGGGGUUGUCACCCACACAAUAAAUGGUGAACAGUCUCUUCCAUUUACAAUAGACCAGGACACAGGGGAGGUGAGGAUCACAAGAGACCUGGACUUUGAGUCAUCAGAUGAUAUUUAUACUUUUGCAGUGCGGGCCUCAGAUUGGGGUUCACCCUACAGAAGGGAGAGUGAGGUUAAUGUUACCAUUCGUCUACUAAAUGUCAAUGACAACCAGCCUGUAUUUGAGAUGGUUUCUUGCAGGGGGAUGAUAAGCCGUGAUUUCCCUGUCAGCCAGACUAUUGUCACCAUGUCAGCUGUGGACAUAGAUGAAUUAGAAAUGGUGCAGUAUAAGAUACUGUCUGGGAAUGAGUUAGACUAUUUUAACUUAAAUCCAGACUCUGGUGCUUUGUUAUUGAAGAGGUCGUUAGCAGUAGCUAAUUUAAAAAGUGGGAUAUUCAACCUGAAAAUAGUUGCAACAGAUGGAGAGAUGUUUUCUGAUCCUACAUUUGUGAAUGUAUCUGUGGUGAGGGGUAGGAUGCCACCUAGGGGGUUCAACUGCAAGGAGACUAGGGUAGCCCAGCUGUUGGCAGAAAAAAUGCUCUCAAAAGCGUCUGCCAUGGCUAGACCAAGACUAGAUGAGAGAAACACAGAUCUUUUCUCUAUGAACAAACAGGCUCCACAGUUUGAGGCCUUGCCCACUAGUAUUCUAGUGAGAGAAGACCUUGCUACUGGCACCAGUGUAUUUCAGGUGAGAGCCCGAGAUGCUGACACAGGCUUUAAUGGCCGGGUUCUCUUUUCCAUAUCUGAUGGUAACAAGGAAAACUGUUUCAAUAUCAACAUGGAGAAUGGGCUGAUAACUGUAUUGCAGCCACUAGAUCGUGAGCGUUUGGAUCGUUACUUCCUCAAUAUCACCAUCUACGACCAGGGCGUUCCUCAGAUGUCCAAUUGGAGACUACUGACUGUGAUCAUUGAGGAUGCAAAUGACAAUGACCCCCAGUUUUAUCAGGACAGCUUCUCUACUCUUGUUUCAGAAAACUCUGUCAUCGGUAUGGAAGUUAUUACCAUCACUGCAUUUGACAGAGACAUUGGCCAGAAUGGACAGCUCUCCUACAUAAUGCUGACCAGUGUCCCUCACUUUGGUAUUGACAGCGAAACAGGAAGUGUAUUUGUUGCUAGCCACUUGGACAGAGAAACAAUCCCAAUGUUCACCUUGAAGAUUGAAGUGAGAGACAAGGCUGAAAGAGGCACUCGAAGGUCGUCAGUCGCUACUCUAAGUGUAAUAGUGGAGGAUGUCAAUGAUUGCGCCCCAGCCUUCAUCCCUAGCAGCUAUAAUGCUCGAGUACUGGAGGAUCUCCCACCAGGUGCUGUGAUUACCUGGGUGCAGGCUCAGGACCCAGAUAUUGGCCCCGGUGGACAGGUCCGAUACUCCUUGAUAAAUGACUUCAAUGGUACUUUUGAGGUCAAUGCUGUGAGUGGAGUGUUGAGGAUUAGGAAGGAGCUGGACUUUGAGAAACAGCAGUUUUUCAACCUGACAUUACGUGCUGAGGACAGAGGAGUACCCAGCCUUAUCAGUCAGACAUUUGUUGAGGUGGAGGUGGUGGAUGUCAAUGAGAAUUUGUAUGCACCCUACUUCCCUGACUUUGCCGUGAGAGGCUCAGUUAAGGAGAACUCUCGUGUGGGCACAAGCGUCCUGACAGUCAGCGCUAAGGACGACGACAAGGGGCGAGAUGGCGUAUUGAGGUACUCUGUCAGAGGAGGCAGCGGACUGGGCACUUUCACCAUUGACGAAGACACAGGGGUGAUUUACACUGCCGGUAUCCUGGACUGUGAGACCAAAGACUCCUAUUGGCUAACAGUCUAUGCCACAGACAGAGGGGUUACACCCCUGUCAUCUUCUAUUGAGGUCUUCAUUCAGGUAGAAGAUGUCAAUGAUAAUGCUCCCCUCACUUCGGAUCCUAUUUACCACCCAGUCGUCAUGGAGAACUCUCCAAAGGAUGUGUCAGUCAUCCGUAUCCAGGCACAGGACCCUGACCUCACCUCCACUCCCAGUCGUCUGAGUUAUCGCAUCACUGCUGGCAAUCCGCAGAAUUUCUUCUCUAUAAACCCCAAAACAGGGCUAAUCACAACAACUGCAAGGAAACUGGACAGAGAACAACAGGCAGAGCACUUCUUAGAGGUAACAGUUAUAGACGGCCCAGUGACCACCCGCCAGUCUACCGUGUGGGUCAUAGUUCACAUUGAGGAUGAGAAUGACAAUCCGCCCACCUUCCCUGAGGUUACCUACCGCAUCAGCUUGACUGAACGAGACCGCAACAAACGUGGUGAACCGGUCUACCGUGUCUUUGCUUUUGACCGGGACCUCGGAGCCAAUGGCAACAUCACCUACAGCAUUGUUGAUGGUAAUGAGGAUGAAAAGUUCACUAUUGACCCCAGGACUGCUAUGGUGUCGUCAAAGAAGAUGGUGACAGCAGGAAGCUAUGACAUCCUCACUAUAAAAGCAGAGGACAACGGUGAUCCCCCAUUAUGGUCUACUGUCAAACUCCAUGUAGAGUGGAUUCGGAAACCUGUCCCCUCGCCUCUGCCCCUACUAUUCACCCAGAGGUACUACAAUUUCUCAAUUUCGGAGACAGCCGCUGUAGCUCAGCCGGUGGGAGUAGUCGCUGUCAGCCAGUCGAGCACACCUGUCUGGUUCAAUAUCAUCGGCGGUCGGCUCGCCAGAGAAAUGUUCUACAUUCCACAGAAUGCAUGUGGAAGAAACUGCUCCCUCGACACAGGGAGCUUUGACAUGCAGUUUGACCUUCAGGUAGGGGUGGGGACUCUAGUUGUGGCCAAGCCCCUGGAUGCAGAGGUGCAGUCUGUGUACAACAUGACUAUACAGGUGACAGAUGGGACCAACUUUGCCACAGCACAGGUGUUCAUCCGAAUACAAGACAGCAACGACAACCCUCCAGUCUUCUCACAGCCAGCCUAUGAUGUCAGUGUCUCAGAGGACGUGCCAGUAGACAUGGAGCUACUGCGGGUUCGAGCGUCAGACAUGGAUGAACGUUCCCGUUUGAGCUUCUCCAUCUAUGGUAGUGUAGACCCAGCCAGUAUGAGACUGUUCCGGGUCAAUCCCGGUACGGGGGUUGUCUACACAGCAGACCGGUUGGACUACGAGGCUAGGACACAGCACAUCCUCACUAUUAUGGUCAAGGAUCAGGAGUUUCCAUUUAACCGUGACCUGGCUCGUAUCCUGGUGGCAGUGGAGGACUCCAACGAUAACAUCCCCUACUUCACCAGCACCGUAUAUGAUGCUGUGGCCUAUGAGUCUUCUCCCAUAGGCACAUCUGUAGUACAAGUGACAGCCUUAGACAAAGACAAUGGCAUUAACGGGCAACUCACCUAUACUAUGGAAGCAGGUAACACCGGUGGUGUGUUUGCCAUUGAUAAUGCCACAGGCCUUAUCUUCAUUGCCAGGGACCUGGACCUCACCUCUGUAGGCUUUUACACCCUCACUGUGCGUGUCACAGACAGUGGAUUUCCUCCGUUAAUGGCCACAGCUUCGGUUCGCAUCUCCUUGAUACUCUCCGACUUCUCCAACCCCAAAUUCUCUCAGAAGGAGUAUCAGGCUGAGAUAAUGGAGAACAGCACUAUUGGAACACAUGUGACCACUGUGAGCGCUCUCAGCCGCUCAGCACUCAUUUAUGAUAUCACCAGGGGCAAUGAGGACUACUGCUUCUUCAUCAAUCAUCAUACUGGUGUAAUCAGCAUGCGCAAACAACUUGACUUUGAGCAAACAACAUCAUACUUUCUGGUGGUGCAUGCCCUGAGCAUGGCCGGAGUGGAGGCCAGCACCACUGUCAUCGUCCAGGUGGGGGAUGUCAAUGAUAGCCCACCUGUCUUCCAGCAAAUCAGGUAUGUGGGUGCAAUCAGUGAGGCAGCUCCAGUCAACAGUGUGGUGCUGGGAGAGGAUGGUAACCCUCUCGUCAUCCAGGCGACCGAUAAGGACCGCAAUCACAACGCUCUUUUAGUGUUCCAGAUCCUAGAUGAGACCGCUCGUAUGUUUUUCAGUGUGGACUCAGGGACUGGAUCAAUUCGAACAAUUGCCAGUCUCGAUUAUGAGACCUUCUCCGAGUUCCUCUUCCGGGUUCAUGUUAGAGACAGUGGUCAGCCUCCUAGGAGUGCUGACAGCCCAGCAGAGGUGGUUAUAAAGGUGAUCAACAUCAAUGACUCACCUCCAAAGUUAUCACAGGACACUUACGAGGCAGUACUCCUCCUGCCAACCUACAUUGGAGUCGAGGUCCUUAGGGUUGAGGCUGUUGACCCCGAUAUUACCUCUGACUUCACCCUGAACCCUGACAAAUCCAUCACCCCCCAGCUGGUAUAUUCUCUGGUUGACAGCAAUGUGGAAUACUUCUCCGUGGAGCGCUACACUGGAGUUGUGACUGUCACAAAUCAGAACCUCAGUAAAGACCGUUACCGCUUCAAUGUGAAGGUGUGGGAUGGACGUUUCUCCAGCACCGCGUCGAUCACAGUGCUCGUCCGAGAAGCUAUAGACAGUGGCCUUCUCUUCACCCUCCCUGUCUACUCCGCCUCCAUCCCAGAGAACAUACCCAAUGUCACUGUAGUGACUGUUGUCAACAUGGUCGGUCACCGCCUCAAUGAGCCGCUGAAGUACACUCUGCUGAACGCUGGUGGGCGAUUUGCGAUCCGGCCGACCUGUGGAGUGGUGCUCACCACCGGCGUGCCUUUUGACCGAGAGGAGAAAAGAAGUUACGAGUUGGUGGUGGAGGUCAGCAGAGAAGAUGAGAUACUGAGGGUGGCCAGGGUGACUGUACAAGUUGAGGUGGAGGAUGUGAACGACAAUGCUCCAGAGUUUGUGAACCUGCCCUACUACGCUGCAGUGCAGGUGGAAGCAGAGCCGGGAUCAACUAUUUUCAGGGUCACAGCCGUUGACCAAGACGACGGUCUGAAUGGAGAUGUUACUUACAGCCUUAAGGAGCAGCACAGGAACUUUCAGGUGAACCCUGUGACAGGAGAGCUGACCUUAAAGAGGGCCUUUGAAGCAGACUUAUCUAAUGCAGAGUACAAAGUGGUCCUUGUGGCCACUGAUGGUGGCUUCCCUUCCCUGUCCAGCACAGUGGAGGUUCCUGUUACUGUAGUAAAUAAAGCCAUGCCGGUAUUUGACAAGCCCUUCUAUGGUGUCACUGUGAGAGAGGAUGUUCCCAUGGCCACCUCUGUCCUGUGCAUUAAUGCCACAAGUCCUGAAGGCCAGAGCGUCAUAUUCACCAUCACGGAUGGAGACCCUUCCUUCCAGUUUGACAUUGGCUUUGACACAGGAAUCAUCAGUGUCAUUUACCCAUUAGACUUUGAGACAAUGCAGUACUACCGGUUAACGGUGAAGGCUACAGAUACGCUGACUGGGGCGAAGUCUGAGGUCGAUGUAGACAUUGUCGUGCUGGAUGUGAAUGAUAACCCACCACUCUUCCAGAACAACUCAUACUCCUCUGUGCUGGCUGAGAACUCCAUGAUCGGAACGACCGUGUUACAGGUGUUUGCCCAGGACCAAGACUCAGAGAAGAACGCCGUGGUGAGUUACCAGAUCCUAUCUGACAUCUACAACAGCACCGACUACUUCCAUAUCGACAGUAACAGUGGACUGGUAUUCACGGCACGUAUGCUCGACUAUGAGCUCAUCCAGCGCUACAACUUCAUUGUCCGAGCGACGGACAGCGGAGACCCUGCCCUCAGCAGCGAUGUUAGUGUCACUGUGACUGUUACAGACACAAAUGACAACCCACCUAAUUUCAGCCAAGCGCUGUACGAGGCCUUUGUCAGCGAGCUGGCUCCCCAAGGACACUUUGUAACAUGUGUUCAGGCGUCGGACGCCGACAUCUGUGAUGCUCAUAGGCUGAGGUACAGUAUUCUCUCUGGGAAUGAUCGAAUGACUUUUAUGAUGGAACCAGAUACAGGGGUGCUCAGUCUGUCUAACAAGAGGCGACAAGGCAUGAAACUCUCAUAUCAACUAAAUGUGUCCGUGUCAGAUGGAGUCUUCACCAACACUGCUCAGGUGAUUAUACGUGUGUUGGGAGCUAACCUGUACAGCCCAGUAUUCAGCCAGAGGUUCUACCUGGCUGAAGUCCAAGAAAAUGCCCCUCCAGGGUCAAAGGUCAUUCAAGUUCGAGCGACAGAUGAGGACUCUGGGCUCUUUGGUCAGAUCACCUACUCCUUCAUCAAUGACUUGGGGAAAACUCAGUUCACCAUUGAUGCAGACGGAGUCAUAUCCACCGUUCAGAAAUUAGACAGAGAAAAUCCUCUUAACAAGGACAUGGUGCUCACUGUUACGGCCCUGGAUGGUGGAGGCCGUGCAUCGUUUUGCACAGUGCGAGUUGUUCUUGCCGAUGAGAAUGACAAUGCCCCUCGGUUCAGAGCUGUGGAGUACCGUUUGAGCAUUAAAGCAAAUGUUGCUAAAGGUUCUCUGGUCACACAGAUCCAAGCCACUGACCCAGAUGCUGGGUCUAAUGGGAGGAUCACCUACUCCCUUUAUAGCGAGGCACGGCUGUCGCUGGUUGAUGUGCUGGAGGUGGAGGCGGACAGCGGUUGGAUGAUGACUAAAAGCACUGUGGACCACCUCCAGGGGACUGUGCUGUCCUUCUUUGUCAAAGCCACAGACUGCGGUUCUCCGGCCAAACAUUCGCUGGUGUCAGCCUUCAUCCACGUUGUCCCUCCAGAUGCGUUUGUUCCCUCCUUUAGCCAGCCUCAGUACUCCUUCACUAUCCCAGAGGACACGGCAGUGGGAACAGCCCUGGGGUCUGUGUACACGGGCCCCGGACAGACCGGGUUCUUCACUGUAGUUGGAGGAGAGACAUUCGACAGUAACCAGGGAGGGACCUUCCUGGUGGAGAGGGAAACAGGUCUGAUCCGUCUGAUGAAGCCACUAGACUAUGAGCAUGUCAGCAUCUUCCGCUUUAAGGUUGCGGCAACAACAAGAAGAGACCUGAUCGAGUCUGUCUCCACUGUAGACCUGGAAGUUAAGAUUCUAGAUGUGAAUGACAACAAGCCAAUGUUUGAGACUAACACCUAUGUAGCUACGGUGAUGGAAGGGAUGCCGGUAGGGACAAGGAUGGUCCAAGUGCGCGCACUUGAUCCAGACUGGGGCUCUAAUGGACAGGUAGCCUACAGCCUUGGACCUCUGCUCACCUACAACUUGGACUUGACAAAAGAGGCUCGCUCCUUCACUGGCUCCAUCACUUCGAGUUCGGUCUUUGCUAUUGACAGUAAAACAGGCUGGAUCACCACAGUGAGUCAGAUGGACCACGAGGCCUGCUCCAGCUACAGCUUUGAGGUAGUGGCCUCCGAUCUGGGAGAGUUACAGUCUCUGUCCUCCACCACAGUGGUAACUAUCACAGUGUCAGAUGUUAACGACAACCCGCCGCUGUUUGAGAGGGAGCUGUACCGGGGUGCAGUAAAGGAGAGCGAUCCCCUCGGCGAGGUGGUGGCUGUGCUGAAAACCAAAGAUCGCGACGGCACAGAUCAAAACCGCCUCGUCAGCUUUUACAUCACCGGGGGAAACCCGAGGGGCGUGUUUGGCCUUGCCCUGGUGCAGGGAGAGUGGAAGGUUUAUGUGAGUGGUCUGCUGGAUCGUGAGCAGCAGGACUGGUAUCUGCUCAACAUCACAGCCAGUGAUGGCCUGUAUGUUGCUCGUACUGCGGUGGAAGUUACCGUCAUGGAUGCCAAUGACAACAGUCCCAUCUGCAACCAGGCGGUGUAUAGCGCCUCUUUUCCUGAAGACAUUUCCACUAACAAGGGCAUCCUGACAGUGGGCGCAACAGACGCUGACUCGGGCUCCAGCGCUGAAAUUCAGUAUUCGCUGUUUGGCAUCGGGGUCGAAGAUUUCUACAUGGAUGCAAACACUGGUGAACUGCGUACGGCCACUGUCAUGGACAGAGAAAUGACACCCACCUACAAACUCAUUGCCCAGGCAACUGAUGGAGGAGGGCUGUUCUGCCGCUCUGACAUUUCACUCAAAGUAUUGGAUGUGAAUGACAAUGCCCCCUCAUUCUCCUCAACUCAUUACCUGGCUAGUGUGUAUGAGAAUGCUGCCCCCAAGGCGUUGCUUACCCGACUGCAAGCCAGUGACCCUGAUGAAGGUCUUAACCGCACUGUGGUCUAUUCUCUGGUGGAUUCAGUGGGUGGAUUUUUCUCCAUCGACCCGGUGACUGGGAUGGUAAUUCUGGAGAGAUCUCUGGACAGAGAGAGCCAAGACACCUAUCGUGUUCGUGUCCAGGCCACUGACCAAGCUGGGCAACAAGGUGCACUGUCCUCACAGGUUGAUUUGACCAUUUUGGUGAUGGAUGUGAAUGACAACGCUCCAGUCUUCCAGAGGCGGGACUACGCUGUUACCGUCCCUGAGGAUGUAGCUCUGGGAACUGAGGUGCUGCGAGUCUUAGCCACGAGCGUUGACAUUGGACCUAAUGCUGAAAUCACAUACCACAUCCGGUCAGGCAACGAGUUAGGAAAGUUCGCCAUAGACAGAAACCUGGGAUCUAUUUCUGUGGCUGAUGAUUUGGACUUUGAGGUGUGUAAGGACUAUUACCUAACUGUUGAGGCCUGGGACAGUGGGAACCCCCCUCUCAGCACUGCCACCAUGGUAACCAUCGAACUCAUGGACGUCAACGACAAUGCUCCCGCAUUUAGUCAGGACAUCUAUAAUGUUUUGGUCAGCGAGGAUGCGUCCGUUGGGCAGACAAUUACAAGGGUAUUGGCAGAAGACUUGGACAGCCAGGUGAAUGGGCGUAUCACCUACUCUAUCUUGAAAGGUGACCGGAGUAACCACUUCUGGAUUGACCCUGUAACAGGACUGCUCAAAGUCAAUAAGCGUCUCGACAGAGAACUAGUGUCCAGGUACGCUUUGUCAGUGCAGGCGUUCGACAGCGGCUCUCCUGCCAUGUCCUCCACUGUCACCCUUAACAUCGACAUCUCCGACGUUAAUGACAACCCUCCCGUCUUCAACCCUCCCAACUCCACAGCCAUCAUACAGCUAAACCAAGCUGCUGGCACCACCCUGCUGAAGCUGUCAGUCAGCGAUAAAGACUCUCCUAGAAAUGGCCCUCCCUUUGAGUUUCGCGUCGUUUCAGGAAAUGAGGGAAAUUUCUUCUCCCUGGACCAGACUGGAACUCUGAGGUCCAACCGUCUGUUUGGCCCUGAAGCCCCCAGAGAGUUCACUCUUGAAAUCCAGGUGAGUGACUCUGGUAAGCCAAGACUUACCUCUUCCUCCUGGAUAUUUCUGAGGGUCAUCGGGAACAGUCAGUACAAACCCACCGUCUCCCCCUUGGAAAUUUUCAUUGUCAUGGUAACAGAUACUUUCCCGGGCGGUCCAAUUGGUCGGAUCUAUGCAACCGACCGCGACCCCAAUGACGUGCUGUCGUUUACCCAGAAACUUCAGCCCAAGAGCAUGUUUAAGAUAAACAGACAGGAUGGCAGCAUUGUGGCUCUGCCGGGCCUGGAACCUGGCAGGUACCAGAUGAAUGCCACAGUGAGUGAUGGACGUUUCGCUGUGAUAGCUGAUGUGUCAGUCAAGGUUGAGCAGGUGACAGAUGUGCUGCUGCGUAGUGCCCUGACUUUGCGUUUCAGCUCCCUAACCCCGGAGGACUUGCUUGGUCGCUAUCUGAGCCAGAUCAAACUAAUGUUACGGGGACUAGCCGGAUGGAAAUGGUCACCAGGACAACAGGAUCCCCUCCACAUACUCAGUGUACAGUCAGUGAUGGGGACAUCCGACGUGGACUUGCUUCUGGCCAUGGAGAGUCCAGAGACAUCGGGUGGGUUCUACUCCCCGCAAGAGUUGUCUGCAAAGCUGGAGGAAGCCACAGAGCGCGGCCAGAUUCGAGGUGUCCUAGCUGGGGCAGUGGUGGUGAGCAGUGCUUGUUCUGGGGAGCUGGAGUGUGGUGAUAGGGUGUGUGAACAGACACUGGUGAUGGAGGGUGGCUCGCCUAUCACCUACAGCACAGAGAGGGUCAGCUUGGUGUCACCAAGGUUCAGCCCUACAGAGACCUGCACCUGCCCUGGCGGUUCAUGCCCGGCUCCUGUGGAGCUUUGUGAAGGUCAGUCCUGUCCAGCAGACAUGCAGUGUGUCCGUUCUGGUCCUACAGCGCCAUCUGUCUGCCAGUGUCAGCCUGACAGACUAGACGAGUGUGCAGGCCAGACCUCUCUGAGUUUCUCUGGAAACAGUUACAUCAAGUACAGAGUGACAGAAAGUGGCCAGAGUGGGGAGAUGAGGCUUGGCCUGAGAAUCAGAACACUUCAGAGAAGAGGAGUCAUUAUGUUCACACGUGUUAACCCUUGUACCAUGCUCAAGAUUGAAGGGGGUCGACUCUGGUUCCAGUUGGACUGUGACAACACCCUUGGCAUCAUGGGUAUCUCUGGCAGACCAAUAAACGAUGGCCUCUGGCAUGCCGUAGCCUUGGAGCUCACUAGGAACUACACCCUCCUGUCUUUGGAUGACAGCUAUGUGGAGCGCCGGCGAGCAGCCCGAGCCCCGGUUCGCCUUUGGCCUCUGGCCCCAGAUUCUUCCUUUUUCUUCGGGGCCCAAGUGAGACCACCGAGUGGGCAAGGCGAGAGGCCAAGCCCAGGGCCGGGGAGAAGCCAGGGCGGGCCAGGACUCGGGGACCGUGGAGGGAGGGUCCCGCCGAGAGCCCAGGAUGGCUUCCAGGGCUGCCUGGGCUCACUGAUGCUGAACGGCAACGAGCUGCCACUCCAGAAUAAGAGGAGCCGUUAUGCGGAGAUUGCCGGGCUGAGCGAGGUCAAGUUGGGCUGCGUGCUUUAUCCAGAUCCAUGCGUUAGUCAGCCCUGCCUCAAUGGAGCCAUUUGCAGCAGCCUGCCCUCUGGAGGCUUCAUGUGCAGUUGCAGCGCUGGUUUCACUGGGGGGCGCUGUGAAAUUGAAUUGACAUCCUGCAUGCCAAACCCAUGCCAGAACGGUGGGGACUGUAAGCCUGUAGGCACUGCAUUCCUCUGUGGCUGUCCCAAAGGACUGAGGGGACUUAUAUGUGAUGAGGAUGUAAAUGAGUGCAACCAGGACGAGUGCGGAAAUGGAGGAGAGUGUGUCAACACAUUUGGGUCGUUCUACUGUAACUGUUCAGAGGGGUACGAGGGUCAAUUUUGUGAUGAUAUGACAGCUGGUGAUCCAGGAGAUGACACGCAGGCGGAGCCCCUCUCUUACAUCGGACCAGGAGAGAUAAUUGGCAUUGGGGUCCUUGCCUUUGUCAUCAUUCUCCUCCUCAUACUCUUCAUCGCCUUUAGGAAGAAAAUCAAAUUUAGAAAAGAGUCCGACCCAGGCCCAGGGACUCAGGUUGUCAUGGGUGUGUCAGCUAUUUCCACAGAAACCAGCUACAUGCUGCACAAGACUGGCAUGGGGGCUGAAGGGAUUGAGUUUAAAGCCGUGCGUGUGUCAGGUUCACCAGGGACCACGAGCACCUAUGGUGAGGUGGGAGGCAGCACUGGGGGUCCUCCCCAGGUCAUGGUGCGUCCGACUGCCCACUCCCCUCUACCAGGAGGACUCAGCAACCAGGGCAUGAGGAGCGGGGAUGGUGACAAGACCACUUCCAGUGAAGGCAGUCAGUUCAGCAGCUUCCUUUCAGACAUGUCUAAUGUCCGAGGUGUGGCCAAUAGGAGGGGAAUCGCAGUGUGCAGCGUGGCACCCAAUCUCCCUUCAGCAUCGGCGUGCCGCUCAGAGCAUAGUCCAGCCCACAAAGUGUCAUGGGAGGGCGAGGAAACCAGGGAAGAAGGGCUGGAGAGGGUGAGAGAUGAGAGAGAGGAAGAAUGGGGCCAGAGAGCUUUUGCGUUGGAGAGAACACAGAGGGAUAACAGUCCACAGGACGUGUCAGAGCUGGUGGAAGAAGCAGCGUGUCUGUCAGAUUCCACCUCUGAGGAGCACUCCCUCAGUUCCUACACUUCUGAGUCCUUCGAUGACAACGCCUCCAUAGUGACAGUCAUACGUCUCGUCAAUGAUGCUGUUGAUAAUAUUGAAAGUGAAGUGUCGAACAUGGACAAAGAACAGCGCCGGAACAGCCCUGCAAGGCGCCACCUGCAGAGCAAAGAUGAGAUUUGUGUAGAGUUCAUCAAAGAGUACAUUGUGGAUUCAUACCGCUGGGAGUCUUCCAGUCAGACUUCGAGCUGGUUGUCACCGUCACGUCUGCGUCCACCAGAGGUGGGAUCCCAUUACGACCUCAGUGACACCCAGCAGAACAUCAGACGAGGAGGCAGUACACGGUCUCUCCAGCUGGACUACAGAGUGAUGGGCUAUGGCGGUGACAAGGGCCAAGAGAGGGGACGGGAGACCGAGAAGAGGACCUUCCAGUGGGAGAGGAAUCAGUCGGGUGAGUGGGAGCGUAAAUGCAUCCUGGACAGAGAAGAAAAGAGACGGCACGACAGGGAAGGAAAGAACACAGGCAACAGGAGCAGAGACAUGGGGAUGCGCCAGGACCACAGAGACCGUCAGCAGUUGCAGGGCCAUGACAGCUGCGAAGACAGCUCCUCGCCUGUUUACGAGGAAUACCGAGAAUCCAGCCAUGACCCAGAGCAAACAGAAGACACAGAGAGCCUUUAUGAUACUUUACCCCCAACCCGACCAGCCUAUGAAGGAUACCCGUCGAGCCCCCAAGGCAUCAACUUGCAUCCAGCUCAACUCCUGCCCCCUCUCAGAGCGUGGGACUCACAAACAGGGGAGUGGAGGGGAACGCAAGAGGAUCGUGGAGGGCUCGGUUCCAGCAGUCUGGCAGGUUCUGGGGACGAGCUAGAGAGACUACUGAACCUGGUGUCGCUCAGAGCCAGGAGAGCCACGCGAAUAAACAGAGCCUCUACCAAAUCUGAACCCACAACAGACUGGGAUGGAUUUAAAUGAGCACACAAGACUGUUUAAAACUAAUAGAUGUAAUAUUCAUUUAUAAAUUAAAGAGAGGCAAUGACCCUCUCUGAUUAUACUUGACAUUUAUAAUACUACACCGUUGGUCCACCACCUAAAAAUAAUUAAAGGAGAAUAUUACCAUAUAUCCUUUUAUCAUCAAGCAUUAUUAUCCCGCUGUAAGAAACAAACACUAAUCCACCACCAAUCCCCUGGCUCAUUUAUAAGCUGGUGGAAUAAGAGGAAAUAUAUGUGUUCUGUAGACGCCUUCACCUGAGCUGCAUGAGAGUUAGCUGAGAUUGGCUGUGAAUCAAUGCUAUUACAUUUAUUAUUUAUAGAAUCUCUGGAGCACAACAUUUAUUAACAUCAAAAUAUGAACAGAGCCAGGCUGUCUGUGUUUUAGACGAUGCCAAUGUACAUAUGUUAUCACGCAUUUCAUAUAUCGUUCUGUUGAAUCACACGCGUACAGACACACACAUACACACAAUCAAUUUGUCAGCUCAACCGUGUAAUGCAUUUCUUAUUUUUUACUGAUGUGAGCUUGGGGUUGUUUUGAGAGAACACACAUCCCAGACGUAGCCUCAGAGAUGCUAUUAGGAUUACCAUUAGUUGAUACCAGGAGAUCUUUAUUUAAUCAAAAAAAAAAAUUAAUUAUUCUAUGAUCAUUUAUUAUUUAUGAGCCUUUAUAAACAGAAGUGUUAAGGGUAUAUGGCUCAUAUUACAUGUAUAUUGAAAAUCUUUUUUGUUUUACUCAUGCAACUCUAAUAAUGGUAUAAACACAUCCUGAUAUUACUCUCAAUGGACAUUAUGUACCUUGUAUAUAUUACCAAAGCAGUGCUUCAGACAGAAUUAAGCCCAGUUUAUACCUGGUAUUAAUAUGUGAUAUGAAUUUUCAUACUUCAUGUGGUGAACGCCAGCUUGGAGAAAUAUGUGGAAAAACAGCUGUGCAGAACAGAAUCAAUCAGCCGAGACAUGUACACACGGUUGCCUCAUUGAUAGCACAUAUAAAGUGCUGCUGUGUUCCCGGUUCACACACAAAAAGAAAUUAAACUUAGAUGUUGAACAAGUUUGAAACACAGGCAGAACCAACAGGUGGUACAUAACUUGGAGUAUUUCAGAACGAUAAGUAGAUUCCUCUGGUCAACGUAACUCCUUUUGUUUCAUUUGAGAAGGACAUAAAUACUAUAUAUAAAUGGAAUCCUCAAGAAAGGAGUAGAUAUUACCUCCACAUCAGACUGUACAUACUGUACAUGUAUCUAAAUGAAGAUGUAACACUGGAGGCCUAUUAAGAAUUAUGGCACUUAAGACACUCAAGGUCUAUUUGAAGAUUCAAAUAAAUUACUAAGAGUUUUUUUUUUUUAAAUGCCUUCAAAAGCUAUUUUAUGUUUUGAAUAGCCUUUGUCGUGAAGUGAAAAAAAUUUGUUCCAACAGGAGCAAAAGUUGUUGUUGUUGCAAGAAUGUAGUUUUUCCAGAAUAACUGUGGAGUACUAGUAGUACUGUUAAAAAACAACACUGAUAGCCACAUACCAACUGACUUAAAGGUUUAGUGUGUAACAUGUAGGAGGAUCUAUUGGCAGAAAUGGAAUAUACUAUUCAUAACUGUUUUGUAUCACUUAAAAAACGUUACGAUUUUAUUACCUUAGAAUGAGCCUUUUAUAUCUACAGAUGCCGCACGUCACCUUCCAUUAAAAGCCACUAUGUUUCUACAGUAGCCCAGAACGGACAAACCGUUGCAAAAAUGCCACUAAAUCUUACACACUGGUCCUUUAACAUGGACAUGAUCAGGCUAAGUGUCACUAAUGUAUCCAUGUCUCACAGUAUAUGUCCAUUCAUCCUCUUUAGUCAUUCCUUUUCAGCUCUACUCUGUAGGUGGGUUGCUGAAGCGUGUCCCAUUGCAUUGGGCAACAGGCAGAGAAACAUCCCAGACAGGUCAGACUAACACACGGAAGAAAAAACAUUCACACCUGUAGGCACUUUACAGUUUACAGUUCAGCUGGCCUGCAUGACUGUGGACUGCAGAAGGAAACCCACCGGGAAUACUGUGAGAAUGUGCCAACAGAACAACAGGCUGAAAUUUAAAACCUAGAACCUCAAUGCUGUGAAUCAACACUGCGAACACGUGAGACACCUUUGCUGUCAUGCUUUGCUACUUUAUUACCAUCAAUUGCAGUUGAAUCAUCUUGUAAAGUACCUUCUAAAUCUAUCGGAAGCUAUUUCAGGUCACAAAGCCUAAUGUUUAUAUACCAGUGUGGACUUGAAGAAUAUGCUCCAGCAGAUUCAUACUUUAUUUGAAAGAAAAUGGCGUUCGUUUUACGGGUGAAUUAUGUACCUGAUGUGCUGUAGCAGGUGAGCUAUGUCUCAACGGAGACUACAUGAGAUAAAUAAUACCCAUAAAAUAUUUAAUCCUAUCAAGUCAGUCUUGUCACGCCUCUUAUAUGUUUUUCUUUCCCUCCUGACUGAAAUCUGGCAGAUUCAUUUAGCAGAGCUUAAAGUCAUCGAUGUCCUGGGGAGACAUGAAGGCUUGGGAAUGUCUUCUUGUAUCUUAAGUGCAUAAAAUGUAUGAUAAAUAAAUUUUAUUUUGAAAUCAUUUGAGGUUAUUUUAAAAAGAGUGUUAUGAUCAUGGUUUAAGAUUGUUUUGGCUGUAAUACACUGUCAACAGUUACUUAUUAUGCCCUUUUUUUGCCUCAGGAUAUGAUUUCUUGAAUAG